AUGGCCCUGCCGGAGUUCGCCCCCCUGCGCCUCCCCCUGCGGCGCCGCCUGCAGACCCUGGCCGUGCUGCAGUGGGUCUGCUCCUUCCUGCUGCUCGGCCAGCUGUGCACGCUGCUGUUCGUGCUGGCGCUCCGCGGCCCGCUCUGGCUGCCCGCGCUGCUCUACGGGCUGUGGCUGCUGGCGGACCGCGACACGCCGCGCCGCGGGGGCGCCCGAGCCUGGGUGCGCGCCUGGCCCGUCUGGAACCACUUCCGGGACUACUUCCCCAUCUCGCUGAUCCGCACGGUGCCGCUGGACCCCGGGCGCAAUUACGUGUUCGGGUUCCACCCUCACGGGGUUUUGGCCGCCGGAGCCUUCGGGAAUUUCUGCACCGAGGCCACCGGGUUCGGGCGCCUCUUCCCGGGGCUGCAGCCGCGGCUGCUGACGCUGCCCUGCUGGUUCCGCCUGCCGUUCUUCCGGGAUUACGCCAUGGCCGGCGGCCUGGUUUCGUCGGAGGCCUCGAGCCUGGAGCACCUCCUGGCGGGCCCCGGCGGCCUCGUGGCCGUGAUCGCCCUGGGCGGGCCCCCGGAGGCGCUCGAGGCCCGGCCGGGGGCGCUGCGGCUGCAGCUGCUGCGCAGGACGGGCUUCGUCAGGAUCGCACUCAAAUACGGCACGCCGCUGGUGCCCGUGUUCAGCUUUGGGGAGAACGAGCUGUUCCGGCAGGUGCCCAACCCGCCGGGCUCGCGGCUGCGGCGGCUGCAGGGGCGGCUGCAGCGGCUCCUGGGGGUGGCGCUGCCGCUCUUCCACGCCCGCGGCGUCUUCCAGUACAGCUGGGGGCUGCUGCCCUUCCGCCGGCCCAUCCACACCGUGGUGGGGGCGCCGCUGGAGCUGCCGCGGGUGCCGAACCCCUCUGAGGAUCAGGUUCAGCUCUGGCACCGCCGCUACCGCGAGCGGCUGCGGGAGCUCUUCGAGGAGCACAAGGGCAAAUUCGGGGUCCCCCCCGAGCGCCGCCUCAGCUUCGUCUGAACCCCAAAAAGUAAACACAAAAACCCCAAAAAACCCGCAAAAAAUCCCCCAAAA